UCGAAUUCAUUGCUUGACGUUGGAUGCGUCUUGCACGCGUCACACGCAUGAUUCAAACUCUCACGAUGGUCAAUCGCUCACUCACUCACGGCAUCCUGACAUAAAAACCGACCGGUCCAUCCAUCGACAAUCAUUCCAUCCAUCCACUCACUCACUCACUGACUCACUGACUCACUGACUCACUGUCUUUCUUGACUGAUUCACAUGCACUGCACUGCUUCGAUCGAUCGAUCGAUCGAUCGAGAAGCCCAACCAUUUCAAUGUAUGUAUCUACACACCACACGGUACGUACACGCACUUGAACACACGCAGCAAUCCAUCAACACACCAAGGCGUGACCUGACAGACAGGCAGGCAGGCAGGCAUCACAGCCGCCUAGAAACUCUGUUGACACAGUGGGAGCAGUGGUCCCCUCAUCCGUCAAUCAAGAAAAAUCGAAAGACAAGUAGCGAAGGAAAGCGGCAGGAAGUCAGCGAGAGGGAAAGAUGGAUGGAUGGAUACCGGUGACAGACAUAUCGGGCCAGCCAGAGGGAGAGAGAGAAGACACACUUGCGUUGGCUGGCUCCAUGACGGAGAAAAAUCACAAACGAGUGGGCUGAGCGUUAUGUGGUGUGAUAUAGAGUAUACAUUUGCAGAGACAGACACGCAGAGAGACUAAACGCUAAUUUGCCUAGGUACAUUGGGCGGCCCCGAUCUGAUCUGUGUUGCCGUGACAGAGAACUUGUGUAUGCAUAUAUCUACAAAAUGCCGAGAUGGUCAUCAUGAUGAAACCCUCACAAGACAAGCGCUCUCGCUCUCGCUCUCUCUCGUUCGCUCGCUGCAUUUGCCGACCACGCCAGAGCACAGCACAGAUGGGACGGGGAGGGGUGGGUCAGGCUGGCUGGCUGCCCCGAGUAAGUCGAGCCGAGCAGGAGACAGAGAGAGAAAGUGGCGUCAGCUAGUGUGUGCCUAUGUGUAUCUACAAGAUGAGACAGAAGAGAGACGAGAUGGCGGGUUGCCUGCCCUCAGCUAGUCACCCCCUCUCCCCCUCUCGCCCCUCCCCCCCUCUCUGUCCCUCACAAGGGUAAGCCACCCAUUCACUCACUCACGUGAGGGUCAGCUCAUUGCCCUCUCUCUUGCCCUCCCUGGCAGCGCCGGCAUCCUCCCUCACCCCAUGGUGCGUGUGGGUGUCCUUCCCGCCCUCCUGCCCCGCCGCCGCCGCCGCCACCGGCGGCCCACCUCGCCUGCCGCCCGCGAUGACCGAUGCGGGUGUGUCGCUCACGUCAACCACAUCGCCAAACCCGCGAGUAAGCGGUGCUGCCGCUGGCUGCUGCUGCCGGCUGUCGGGCUGCUGUUCAGACGGCUGGGCGGGCGGUGGCUGCUGCUCCUCGUGUUCGUGUUCAUGUGCAGCGGCUUCCUCCACCACCUCCUCGAGCAGUGUGUGGUUGGGGUCUUUCGGCGCAUUGGCGAUGCUGGAGAGGAUGGCCGCAUAGAUAAUCUCGAUUGAGUCCACCCUGACCACACAAGACGCAGACAGAGGGACUGGCGCGUUGGUGAAUCUGGUCUGCCUAUCUCCCUCACUGGUACUCACCAGAGUAGCCUGUGUCUGACGGGUACGAUGGUGUAAGUCAGAAUGCCGACGAGCGGCCAGAGCUUCAAGCCCGCCUUCAGCAGCGUCCACCACUUCUUGGCCUGCACCAGCAGCAGUCAACGCAAGACACGCCGCUUGACGUCUUGCCAAGCAACCAAGCGCUUUCCCACUGUUUGCUUACGUAGUCGUCCCACGCCUGCUUGAACGUCUUGCCGUUCAUCGCCUCAAGCAACACGAAGUACACCGUGUUGUAGAACGGCACAUACGCCAGCCUGUGCGGUGCGACCACCACACACACAGACCCAAGACACACACACCAAUGAAGGCAAUCGACACUCUCAUUCAUAUGAGCCGUCUGUCAUGCUCACUCACUGGUCGAACAGCAGCUUUACUGGCCAUGGGAGCGGCCAAUCGCCGUUCCAGUCGUAGUAGAAAUGCGCCAGCGGCCCGAGGACCACAAAUCCCAGCAACGUAUUCCGCAGAAUACGCCACCUGCACACACAGCACUCUACCUCAUGGGUGCCCGAGACGCGGCGCAUCCAAUGCUUUCGGUUGUCCACCUGACCUGUCGACGAGCAGUGGGUCCCUCCCCGCGUCCGUGUUCUCGACCCACUGGGCGAUCCAGUCACCGAUAAAGUACGUGGCGCCAGUGAGGACGCUCUUGGUGAGGAUCGGCUCUCUGGCCAGGGCGGCCUCGUAUGCAUUCCAGUUGGCCAGGGGGAGCCGAUACAGCACCUCCUCGAAAGACCACCCUCUCCAGAUGUCAGAGUCAACCGUCGAAAACUGAUACACCAUCGAUCCACCAUCCAUCCAUGUGUGUCUGCGCCUGUCUGUCUGGCUCAUGCGUGUGUCGCACCGCACCCACCUGUAGGAAGAUGUAGGCGGCGACCGCAGCGAGAACCGCGACGUUUUGCGUCUGGUGUUGCGAUGAUGCAUCCGACACACACCAGAUCGAAACAAACUUGUCUUCUUCCCCGUGUCUUUCCCACCCACCUGUGCAGUGCGCGUCUGUGCGAGGCUCGACACGCCCUCGUCCAUGGCACUCAUAACCACCUUGGUCACGCUUUCCUUGACCGUCCUUACCACCGGACGUAGCUCCUCCUCAACAGCAUGCUCCACCUCCUCUAUUGUCGGAAUGUGCGGCUCUUCGGCAGCAGGCUUGCGCGGCUCCUCCAGUGGCCCUUCCGACAUGGCCAUCGCUGGUUUGCUGCCCCGCCGCCGCCAUAGCGUGUUUGUCCGCGUGAGUGGCUGCACGAGGCCUGGAGUGAAAGCAGAAGCUGUGCUGGCGCCAUGGAGCAGCAGAACCAGGGGAAACAACGCCAUUCUUCGGGCAGCUGCUAAGGAGUGCCUCUCGCCCGUCCAAGCCGUCCAAGCAGGAGUGCCUCACGACAAGUACCAAGCAGACGCCGUCGCAGAUGGCGUCAGUACCUGCUGUAGUUAGUACUUCAUGCCACAGCCCAGCACCAGAUUG